AUGCCCAUCCAGAACCAUUUCGGUGAGGCUCAUUCUCAUUUGGGAUCAAAAUCCUCCAUUUUUCUUGAGAAGGAACUCCCCAGUCCUCCCUCAUAUGAGGCUACUAUGGAAAAAAGUGCACCUAAUUCCAUUCCCGACGAAUACCCCUGCUGAAAAAUUCACAACCACAUCUAUCAAACUCGACCACCCAGGAGGAUACCAAAAGAUAUUCCGAAAACCUUGGAGUGUUCAGAAAUUCUCAACCAGCAAAAUAUGUCACAUGGGGGGUCAACUGGGUCGCCCCGGGGCGAAUGGUUGGCCUUAUGUUUGGCGGCCUUGCAUUUGCAACCGGACAUCAUGUUUUUUAUACCUCUCUUGAUGGGAAAGAAGUGACCACUGGUAGAGGAAACGACAUUCGGGACUUUACGACCCAGGAAUGGAUGAUUGGUUAUGGAACGGCUUUCGCAUUCCUCGCAAAAACAGCGAUGGCCGCUGCCGUUGCUUUUGCUUUUGCUUACAAGGAGCAUAUAUGGACAACCAUGAAGAAAAAGCCAGUCUCUAUUGCUAUGAAACCGGAGAGCUCCAAUCUUGAAUACAAUUGUUCCUUGCUGUGA